GACAUCUGAGGUGUCACCAACAGCGAACAUUUUCGUGCCACAUCUUUGAAAAUGUUUCGCGUUAAAAUUUGGCCAGUGGCCAUUUGCUUUUACUUAAAUGUAAUUAUAUUUAGUAACGCCGAUACUUUUACCUACGAAAGUAAUCCUUCGGUGGCUCUCUUCCAGAAAUAUAUUCAAAUAAAUACAACAACGUAUAAUAAUUUAGGACCCGCUGUAAGUUUUUGGAAAAACCUAGCGGCCGAACAAGGCUUGAAACUAAAGAAGUAUGUUUAUGUAAAAGGCAUGCCUGUUUUGGUGAUAAAGUGGCCUGGAUCUGACCCAACCUUGAGCAGCAUCAUGCUCAACUCGCACAUGGAUGUCGUGCCUGCAGCUGUAGAGGAUGGGUGGUCUUUUUCUCCAUUUUCUGGCCAAAUAUCCGAUGGCAAAGUUUACGGACGCGGUACACAGGACAUGAAGUCAGUAUCGAUUCAGUAUUACGAAGCUUUGAGGAGAAUGAAGGAGAAGAACAUAUCUCUUUUAAGGAAUGUUUAUAUGACACUCAUGCCUGAUGAAGAAGUAGGUGCUGAAGCUGGAAUGUUAAAGUUCUUACAGAGCGAAGAGUUUCAGGCCAUGAAUGUUGGCAUUGAGCUCGAUGAAGGUGGCCCCGUGAAUGCGCCGAUGCUUCCCGUUUUCUAUCAAGAUAAAGUCGUGUGGCAAUUAAGAGUGGACUGUCACGGAACCGCAGGACAUGGGUCUUCUUUUCCGCUCACAAAUUCUACAGCAGUUGGAAAAUGCCACAAUGUAGCGACAAAUAUGCUUCAAUGGCGAGACGAACAAUACUCGAUCUACACUAAAGCGCCGAUCACCGAUUCCGGCGUGUAUACAUCGGUUAACCUUAACAGAUUAUCUGGUGGAACCGCGAACAAUGUAGUGCCCAAUGUGGUUAGCCUGACGUUUGAUAUCCGACCGAAUACCGGAGUCAAAGAAAGUGACUUACAGCAGAAGCUGGAGAAUCUUAUUUAUUCUGCGGGAGACAAUAUCACAAUCACGUACAUUUCAAGGAAUCCUCAGAGCCCAGCCACGAUGGCUAACUCCACUAAUCCAUACUGGAAAGCUAUCACAGAAGCAGCCAAAGAUAUGGGCAUACCAGUCCUCGCCGCGGUGCCGCCAGGGUCCACAGACGCUCGGCAUGUGCGGCUAGCUGGAGUGCCGGCCUUCGGUCUGUCGCCUCAGAUGAACACGCCAAACCUGUUGCACGGCGUCAACGAGAACCUCGGCAUAAACACAUUCUUGGAUGGAAUUAACUUUUACGAGAAAGUGAUAUACAAUAUGGCCAAUAUACCUGCCGAUCAGGCAUCAGCAAAUCCCACGGCGUACUUGUAUGUCACUACAAACUGACACUUUUAGGACACUUUUAAGCAACACUUCUAAAUUAUUGCGCAACUUUAAUUAACUCUUAGUAAAAUCUGUUUUUAAUUUUAUUACUGGUUCUUUAGUUUUCUUAUUUAUUUAUUGUGAAAGUACAGACUUAGGGUCAAAGCCGAAUAGUCGGCGUAGUUGGAUACUUGCCCCGGUUUUGAAUAUACUAUGUAAGGGAUGUUGUUAGCGUUAGUGCUCUUCUAUGACAUAUUUUCCCCGAAAGCUUUAAUGUCAUGUAAAUUGUACAAUUAGGUACACGCGUCUUUUCCGUGUAAACAAAUAACUGCCUCUGCAAAAUGUUGACUAACGUCAAAAUUAUAUAAGGGAGUGUAUUCUUUCCAAUGUUUUUUUCACUGAUUAGAGAUUCAGAAAACUUUUAGUUGCUUUGGAGGAGUUUAAAUAACAC